CACAUGACAACGCUAACAUUUGCUGAGUCGUCUUUCCUCGUGGUUUGAGGCCCAUUUUCUCCUCAUAUUUUUCACUCUUUAUUGCAGAGAGUUUAUCUUAAAAUGGCUGAAGCGAAGCCCCAUCUCCACCGUGAAGGUACAAUGCAGGUGACUGCAAAGGAAGGAAUUGAUUAUCUUGAAUCAGAAGGUAAAACUAAGCUUUUGGAGAUGCAGGGCUUGAAAGACCCAGAACCAGCACAGAACUCUCUGAAAAGAGAUGGAACAAUGGCAGUUACAGCAAAGGAAGCUGAGCAGUUGUUGGGCAAGGAUAAACCAGAUGAAGACGCUAAAACAAGAGGGCAGCAGCAGAAGAUUGAGGAGAUUAAAGAGGAGAAACCAGCCAAAAAAGGCCGCCUGGCCAAAGGGGUCACCAUGAUUGGAACAGCGAAGGAAGCUGAACAGCUACUGGGAAGUGACAAACCAGAUGCUGAUGCAAUGACCCGUGGACAGCAGAAAAAGAUUGAAGAGAUCUCAAAAGAAGCUCCAUCGCCAAAGAAAGCUAGGAUGCAGAAACAGGGUACCAUGGCUGUUACAGCAAAGGAAGCUAAAGAUCAUAUUAUAGGAAAAGAAAAAUUAGGGGACACAAGAGCAGAAACAAAGGCCAAAAAAGCCAAGCCAGCUCCUAAACGAUCCACUACAAUCAACAAAGCUAUCGAAGAAGCUAAGACGGUGGUUCCAGAAAUCAACGUGAAUGAGGGAAGAAAGUUGCGCUCGGCUGAUAAAAAAGCAGGGCUUAAGCGCGAGGGGACAAUGCAAAACACUGCUGCUGAAGGAAAAGCCUUCCUGAAGAGGUCCAAGAAAGGCAACUAGACAAUCCCACACUACAUUACUAACACAAGGCAGGGCUUGGUAACUGUUCAAAUACGACAAGGCAGAGUGUUAACUUGUCUUGAAGUAUUAUACAUUAUGGCAGCAUUUUUCCUUUCUAUUCAGUUUGAUAGAGGUAUAAUAUUUCUAUACGAUUUUGGAAUGGAAACAUCAAUUUUUAUGCAUGAAUAUGUCAAAAAUUUGAGAAAUGCUUUGGUUUUCGAAUUGUAAAGACCACAAUAUUUUUCCACUGUCUAAACUUUACUGCCAUUGGUUCCUAUAUCAGUAUGCCAAUUGUACUCAAUACAUCUUUAGAUUCCAAUAUGGUUGAGAGCUAGGAUAUGGGCAUAUGUCAAUCUCCAUUAAUCAUCUUAAUCCUCAUUCAUUUCUCUUCAUGGUACAAAAGUUCUUGAAUUUCACACUUGUGUGUUUGUAUUUAGUUUGAGAGUCUGUUGACAUGUACUUUAAAAAGUAUACUUAUACUUUUGUACUCAGCUUUUCAAUUUCUAGUACUCUAAUUUGUCCUCCUACCCUAAUUUGUAUUGAAGCUCUUUUUUCCUCUUGAUUUUAAAUGAAAUGUUUAGUACAUGAUAAAUCUGGUUUGCUUCAAAUUCACUCUGCCACUAGAGUAUUUAUUGUUCUUUUAAUUUUUAAUGAUUUUGACUUUUGUAAUUUUCUGGGUUCUUUAUACAUGGAUACUUGAUAAGUGUUAGUUGGUUUUAAAGCCACAUUAACAAUUGAAUGUGUGUUGUACAAUUUGUCAGAGACAAGACUGUGACUUUUCUACUCUGUUAGAUAUUUUUGUUAGUGUAAUGAAGAUGUAGGCUUUACAAGUUAGAUAAUAAAUAUAGACUUAAAAUAUAUUAAUUUUGAACAUAUUUAUAUGGGCUAUUUUUGUUGUUGAUGUUGUUUUGUAUACACUGUUAUUAUCAAAUUCUAGAUUUUUCCGGUCAAUUUUAAUGUUUUCAUAUUCAAGCAAGGUCUAAAGAUACAUACUGGUAGGUCCAAGCAUGGAAUCUACAUAUGUCAUUUUGGGACCAAUAUUAAAACUUACCCUUUCCUAUUUUUUUUAAUCACCCCAUCUGUGAUUGUAUUUGUUAGUGUAGUGCCAUGAACAAUGUCUGUGUUAUUUUAUUAUAAUGGAUAUUUUUAUUUUUAAAAAUCUAAAUUUUUUUUAUGUUUGUAUUAUGGAUUGCUGUGUUUUAAGCGCUGAUAAUCUGACAAAAUCAAAGCACAUCAAACAAUUUUUUACCAACUGGCAGAGAUAGGAUCCUCUUUCUUUCCUGUUGGGAGGUUUUCAAUUCCAAUUUUAGAAAAAAGUGUGUGUGUGUAUAAGAGUGUCCAAUUUUGUGUGUCAUUUUUGUGACCUUUUUGUAGUAACAAUUGUAAUUAUUGAAGUAUAAAGAGGAUUAAAUUUAAAACUGAA